AAAAAAAUGAAUUUGACCACAAAAUCGACCAAAGAACGAAAGAAUAGUAAUGAAAAAGUGGACGGGCCGUUGCCGCACGCCCAAAUUGCACAUAUGGGCAGAAGAGGAAGAAAGAAAAAGCUGCACACCUCGACGGACAUUAGCAGCGCACACAAUUUAGCAGAUCAGGCACAGAGUGGCACACGGAAGGGUGCAGUUGAUGAACACGAUGCGGAUGCCUUUCUGUCCGACAGAACCGAUCAGAGUGCCAGUUUGGUUGACAAUAUCGACCACAUUAUUUGCAGACGUGAACGAAUCCUAAAUUUUCUUUACAAGGACCAGUAUCAGCUCACACACCCAGAUAUAAGACCAUUUGAGAAUACUAAGCAUGUUUACGAGUAUUUACUGCCGUACCACAUCUACAACGCGCCGUCCUACGACGAUCUGCUUUUCCGGUACUCGCACAGCAACGAGAAACUGAUGGACGAAAUUCGGGAGAUUACCGAGCGGAUAACGCAUACACUGCACGAUUAUGAAUGUGCUGAUGAUGAUAACAUUGUUAUAGACCUUCUUUUGACAGAGGAACAGAAGUUUUUGACGGGCAGACUGAGCGAGUAUUUGAGGGAGCAGAAGCGGAAACCAAGGAAGAGCACGGUGCCUAAGAAGCGGCGGAAGAACAGUUCGGUAGUUAAGCUGAAUGUGAAGGGCGCUAAGACAAAGGACACCAAGGUCAAGCUGCGAUUAGAGACAUAUAGAGAAUGCUAGUGGCAUAAUUUUCUGCCAAUUGGUGUAUUUUUAUUCGUGUG